AUGGGAGUUGAACAGGCAUAUCUUGAUCUGCUAAAUAGCAACUUUGCUUUACGUAAAGAGCUGAUAUUAGAGGAAACAAAUAAUAUUUCCAAUAAGGAGAAAAUCCGUAAACUCACAAAGGAGAUAGAGGCAUGUGAACGAUAUAUCUUCUAUCUUGAAAAAAAUCUUGUUUCACGUGAGGAUGAGAUCGAUCAGUUAAAGGCAGAGUGUCAGUCCACUUUAGUUGAACUUGGAAAGUAUCGAGAUCACUUAGAGUUAAAGGAAGAGGCACUUGUUGCCCAGGAUGAACGUAUUAUUCAGCUUGAAGACACAGUAGAUAAACUCAAAAAACGCAUUCAAGAAUUAUCUUUAUGUAAAGGAAAGAUAGAAAUGGAUGAAGAUAAUGAAUUAUUCAAUCCUAUUCUAAGAAUACUAGACCGCCGACGGGCAGUUGCAGAUUGUGUGUCUGAGAUUCGACUAUUUUUUGAUCGGAAUAGGAUUCCAAUUCCACAAGACAUAGAUGAUGUCUUUAAUGCUACCACUCAAAGUCUUGAUGAAAUUAUUCGUCAAGCUGCUCUAAUGCAAGAAAUUGGUGUAGACCAACUAAAUCAGAUAGAAGGAUUGCAGACAUUACUUGGAGAAUCUUUAGAUCGUACAAAUGCUCUUAAUCAAGACUUAAUAAGAGUACGUGAUGAUUUUACAUAUGAGACAAAUGCUCGUAGACACUGGGAAACUGUUGCACAACAGAAUCAAGCACGUAUUGCAGGAAUACAAAUAGCCAAUCUAGGUAUACGUUUUCUGAAUAGACGUAAAGAUGCACAACUGGCAAACCAGCAGAAUCAGCUGGUAAAUCAACAGAAUCAGAUAGCAAACCAACAGAAUCAGAUAGCUGAGCAUAGAAGGAAUGCACACAGGCUGAUGUUACGCUAUAAUGCUGAUACAGAACGUUGGAGAAGAAGGCAUGCAGGUUGUAUACGUCAGGCACAAAACUGGCAAAGACAAUAUAGGAUUUCACAGACCCAGGUACAAGCACAGGCCCAAAAUAUUUUAAAUUUACAACAACAAAUAUUAGCGUUACAAAACAAUCCUCCAAACAUGGCUACAAUACAAGAUGUCAUGCAUACUAUAUCACCAGGUCUUGCACAGUUACCAUUUUAUGAUGGACAAGAGCCGCCAGACUCUUAUUAUCAAAAGCUUAGAGCUGUCAAUGAAAUGGCUAGUCCACUAGCUGUUGCUGUUUUUAAUGCUGCUAUGAGGUGUAGUGUUAUGAAAAAUAAAAUGUCUGGUAGAUUUAUUCCUGUUCCAGCAAAUAAUCCAUAUAAUGCCAAUGCUGCUAUUAAUACAGAACCAGAGUUUCUAAACUGGCUGCAAGGAAAAUAUAGAGAUGUGAUGGUUGGAACAAAUCAAGGUGCUAUAAUAGCACUCAUGAAUGAAUCAUUUUCUCCUAUAGAUACACCAGAUACAUAUGCAAAAAGGAUUCGAUCAUUAGCAUAA